UGCCAAUCUCCCAUCCAGCGCGUCCCCGGGUGGUGGAUAGGGGAAUGCUUCCCAUUUAUGGGUGGUACCGGUCAAAUGAAAUAGCUGGCGCGAACCAAAAUUGGCACUAAGGAGUAAACCUUGGAAAAAAUCUCCCAACGCUAAGCUGUAGACCGCGGCGAGGGUGUGCAUGACUCCGGGAAAGAGGAGCCACAAACGGUCCCCCGGCAUCAUGGCGAGGGUGUGCGGGAUGUAGGCUAUUUAUAGCAAGGCCUUGCCGUAGUAAGGGAGCACUGCUGCGGUGGACGUUUAGUUCUGCCCUACUCGUGGGAAUAAUAUGUCAUCCAAUGAUAAAAACCUUAAACCUCCGGAGGUGCCUCCCUCCAAAAACAGAGACAACAUUAUAACGAAUCAGGAGACGACGGUUCCGCCUCGGUUUUUGAUCGUUAAAAGAAAAGAAGGAGAUUUUUCAACCACAAAUCCCUUUUUAAUUCAGAAAUAUUUGUACGGAAAAGUAGGUCAAGUAAAAAAUGUUCGAAAAAUUAGAGAUGGUUUGUUAAUUGAAACUAGCAGUGCAGCACAGUCAAGGCAAAUAUCCCAACUAAAAAAUUUAUUGGAAUUCGAAAUCGAAGUUACAGCACAUUCUACACUUAAUAAUGCUAAAGGUGUAAUAAAUUGUAGAGAUCUGUUGAAUUGUACGGAGCAAGAAAUCCUUGAGGAACUAAAAGAACAAGGUGUUAUAGAUGUAAGACGAAUUAAAACAAAAAAAGACGGCAAACUCGUAGAUACUCCGAUCCACAUUUUAACAUUCAAUGUACCCAAGUUGCCACAACAAGUAAAGGCUGCAUUUUACAAUCUUAGAGUUCGUCAAUUUAUUCCAUCUCCUUUACGAUGCUUUAAAUGCCAGGGUUUUGGCCACACCUCAACAAGAUGCGUUAAAGAACAAAUCUGUGUAUGUGGAAAAUCACUCCAUAUGGGCAACCCAUGCCAACCACCAGUAAAGUGUGUUAACUGCAAAGGAGAUCAUUCGGCAAGAUCAAAAGACUGUCCAAUUUAUAAACAGGAAGUUGCGAUACAAGAAAUCAAAGCAAAAGAAAACAUAUCCUAUACUGAUGCCAAAAAGAAAGUUCUUGUACACACGCCGAAACCAAAUAUUUCUUAUGCUCGAGCUAUUGCCCCUCCGAUUGUACAUAGUCCCACUAUUAAUACCGAAGAAUUGGUAAAAAAAUUAAUCCCUCACUUAGUUAGUGCACUCAGCGCUUUCUAUAUUCCCCCACCUCAACUCCCACAACCCAAGAUGCUACCUCCACCCCAACUCCCACAACCCACCAUGCUACCUCCACCCCAACUCCCACAACCCACCAUGUCACCUCCAUCCCAAAAAAUAACUGUACCGGACCCUAACUCCCCGAUACAAAAACGGUAUAGAACUGAUAGUUCAGAUUCCGAAUCUAUAACCAGCAAGCCUGGUUCAUCAACAAAAAAACCAAAACCUCGUAAAAAACCUAAACGAGGUUGGAAAAAAGGAAGACCUAGGAAAAAGAAAGAUCCUGACACAGAUGAGGAUUCUAGUGAAAUUCAGGAAACUCCAUCGCUGUCUGAAGCGAUGGAUGAUCACGUAGAUCCAAAACCCUAAACUUACCUGUUUGUUGUCCUUCA